AUGUACUGGACACGUAAAAGUUGCAAACCUGAUAAGAGCGAAUUUGGGAUUAUUGGGAUACAGAUAGCCAGAAAGAAAUUAUAUUUAAGUGUUCUUAUAAGAGAUAUGAGCGAGGUCCAUCGAUAUUAUCAUCUCCAUGAAUCAGAAAUCCCAGUUCAACUUUCAGAUCCAUCAAUUGUAGAAAAAUUCGUAGAAUCAUUACUGAUAUUGCGAAAUAUUCUAAUCGUUAAUAUGAAUAUACUAUACAAUGCACCUUUAAAAAGAUCAAAUCGGAAU